AUGCCGAAAAUCACUAUCGUCGGGGCCGGUAUCACCGGCAUGGCUAUCGCAAGCAUGCUGUCACGUUCGAACGACGUGACAAUCGUUGCUCGGAACCUUCCUGGAGAUGGUGAGAGUCGGGAGUGGGCGAGUCCUUGGGCGGGCGCUUGCUUCCUCGGGCUGGAUGGAUCUACUCCAUUUGAGCAGAAACUCCAGACAGAUUCUUUCUCCUACUUAUGGAGUCUGGCGAAGAGCAACCCAGAAUCCAGCGUCCGGAUUAUCGAGAUGCAUGACCUUCAAGACGAUACACCACUGGAGAAGAUUUGGUAUCGUGAUUUGAUGCCAGAGUUCCGUGUCAUGUCGCCGAGAGAGCUGCCAGAAGGCACGACGGUCGGAACGAGCUACAAAUCCGUCGUCAUCACACCGGCGGUUUUCCUUCCUUGGCUUCGCAAGAAGCUUGAGGCUGCCGGCGUGAACUUCGUCCGGAAAGAUCUCAAGUCACUUUCAGACCUGAAAGGCUUUGGCCACGAGGUUCUCGUGAAUGCUACGGGCUUCGGGUCAAAGUUCCUCGCUGAUGUUGCGGACCAGACCGUGCAACAGAUCCGCGGUCAGACGGUGCUCGUGAAGACACCACAUGAUAAGAUUUUCAUGCGCCAUGGAAAGGAUUACACAUAUGUUAUACCGCGGCUUGAUGGGACGGCUAUCCUCGGGGGUAUCAAGCAAGUGGACCAGACGUAUCCGGAAGUCGACCAAGAUAUCAAAUUGGACAUUCUACGACGCGUUCAUGAAAACCUACCGCAGGUCUUCCCUGGCACCCAGCCGGAAGACUUCGACAUUAUUCGCGAUAACGUGGGUAUCCGACCGGGACGAACAGGAGGCGUACGAGUGGACAAGGAAAUCGUCGACGGGGAGAAGAUCGUUCACGCAUACGGUACAGGAGGGGGUGGUUAUGUGUUUAGUUUUGGGCUGGCAAGAGCUGCUGGGACGAUGGUGAACGAUUUCUUGUUCGCACCACCGAAAUCGCGGCUGUAG